GGCGGUUGUGGCUCAAUGUAUAGAAUUACAGUUGUAUCUGAUGAAUUUAAAGGAGUUUCAAUGUUAAAACAGCAUAAAAAAGUUAAUGAAAUUUUAAAAGAUGUCAUUCCAUCACUCCACGGUUUAACUUUACACACAAAAGCAUCAGACAACUAA